AUGCUGCUCACAAUCCGGGGAGGCGUGGUGCUUCUCCUAUAUUUCAUUGUACAGUAUUUCCUCCGCCGACUCUUCACCCGGAUCCGGUAUGAAAUAGGCGUCUACCGUUAUGGGUGCAAGCAUCCGCCAACGCUGCGGCCUUGGGACCCGAUCUUCAAUAUCGACAGCAUCAUCACGAACCUGAAAGCGCGAGUCGAGCACCGGGUCAUGAAGCUCGACCCAGCUAAUUUCCAGAAGUAUGGGCACACAGUCCAAAACCCGUUCUUCGGCCGAGGCGCCAUCCAAACCACCAGCAUCGAGAACUACCAGGCGAUGAUGUCAACAAAGGGCAACAACGACUUCAUCGCAGCACGCAACUGGGCCAUGAAACCCAUGGCCGGCCUGGGGAUCAUCGACACGGACGGCAGCGCAUGGGCGUACCACCGCGCCAUGGCCAAGGCGAUGUUCACGUGGGCGCAGAUCAACGACCCGGCCAGUUUCGGGGUGCACUUUGAACGCAUGAUGGGGAUGCUGCCGCGGGACGAGUCCACCGUGGAUGUGCGGCAGAUCUUUGAUAAGAUGAACAUGGAUGCGCAGUCGGAGUUCUGUUUCGGGGAGUCUGUCGGAGCGCUGUCGGAGGACGAUGAGGAACCGCGCAGAUUCAUGAAGGAGCUGGGGAAUGCCAUGUUCGGCGCGGGCAAGCGCCUGUUUGCGGGGCACUGGUCGUGGUUCAUCCAGGAUAAGUCGUACUGGGAAUCGUGCCAGUUUGUGCGAACGUUCAUCUCGCGGUUGAUUGACCGGGCUCUGGAGCGUGAGAAGAACAAGGACAUCGAUAGCGAAAAGACGCACCGCGUUCUCGUCUAUGAGUAUGCGCGCGCAGCCAAGACGCGGGAAGAGCUCGUCGAUAUGCUGUUCUGCCUGUUCAUGCCGGGCAAGGACACGCCGGGGACCUUGCUCGGCCAUAUCCUGUUCGCCUGCGCGCGGAACCCACACGUCUGGGCUAAGCUGCGCAAAAAGGUCUCGGCGCACAAGUCUCUGGAGUACCUGCAAGCCGUCAUCAACGAAACGCUUCGUCUCUACCCAGUCCUCGACCAAACGGCGCGCACCUCGCAAACGGGUCUCACGCUGCCGCGCGGCGGUGGUCCGACGGGCUCGUCGCCGAUUUACCUGUUGCCCAACACGAUGAUCGUCGUGAAUUUCUGGUGCAUGAAUUGCUGCGAGGAUCUGUAUGGGGCCGAUGCGCAUCUCUAUCGCCCCGAGCGGUGGGAGGAAAACCUCGAGCUGCCCAAGGGCUUUAGUCCGUUUGGGCUCGGUCCCAGGAACUGUCCCAGACAGAACCUGGCACUCUUUUGGAUCGGGUAUAGUCUGUGUGGCCUGGUACAGCGGAUUGCGAGUGUUGAGAAUAGGGAUCCGGUCGAGGAGUUUGUCGAGGAUAUUGCGCUGACGCAUGGGAGUUUGAAUGGGGUGAAGGUUGGGUUGAAGUUUGAAUAA